CCUCUCGGCUUGUUCGCUCGCUCGCUCUCUCUCGCUCUCUCUCUCUCUUCAUUUUGGAGACGUUGGGAGAGCCGCGACCUCUUCAGCGGCCCCCUUUCCGGCAAGAAGGCUCAUCUUUGGACUUCACAUGUGCGGGAGUUUCUUUCAUAACUAAGAGCGGUAGGAUUACAUAUGAAUGAAAGAACAAUGACCAAAGACUGAGUUGAUGAAACUCUUUCAAGAUGUCAAGCAUGCUCAGAACUGGCCUCCUACCGAGCCAAUUGCUUACCACCUUGCGUUCAUCUUCACUACCCAUCAAUCUACUUAGACAAAUUCAUGCCCAGUUUGUUGUGAAUCCUAUUUUGUGCCCAACCCUUCACAUUUUCAACUCUAUAAUCCACGCCUAUGCUCUCACUGCUGCACCCAAGCAAGCCUUCACCUUCUAUGUGGCUUAUGCCCACCUGCUUCAACCCAACAAUUUCACUCUCCAGUUCCUUCUCAAGGCGUGUUCUCGAUCAUCCUCUGUUUGGGAGGCGUUUCAAGUCCACACCGUCUGUCUGAAGUUAGGGUUUCAUUCCUACACUUUCCUACAGAAUGCUCUUGUGCAUCUUUACAGCGUUUGUGGUCAGUUAGGUCUAGCGCGCAAAGUCUUUGAUGAGAUACCUCAACGGGAUCUGGUGUCUUAUAACUGUAUGGUUCAUGGGUAUGCUGAGUCCGGGGAUAUGGAUGCUGCCUUUAGGCUGUUUGAGCAGAUACAUGAGCCUAAUGUUAUCACAAGGACAGCAAUGGUUGUGGGAUAUGCUGCAACAGGUGAUAUUGAAUCUGCAAGGAAAAUGUUUGAUGAAAUGCCAGAACGUGAUCUGGCAUCCUGGAAUGCUUUGAUUACGUGUUAUGCCAAGUGUGGGAUCCCAACUGAAGCUAUUGCCUUGUUCAGGCAAAUGCAGGAAUGUGGCAUCAGGCCAAACGCGGUGACAAUCACAACGUUGCUGUCUGCAUGUGCCAGCAUUGGAGCCCUGGACAUGGGCAAGUGGAUACAUGUUUAUUUGAACAAGAACGGAUUUCAUUUGGACUUCCAUUUGGGCUCUGCAUUGGUGGACAUGUAUGCUAAAUGUGGGAGUAUUGAGUUGGCUUUGCAAGUCUUCAAUUCAUUAGGGGAGAAAAAUCUAUGUACAUGGAAUGCCAUGAUCAAUGGUUUGGCAAUGCAUGGCCAUGCAGAGCAAGCAUUGGUUGUGUUUAACCAAUUGCUGGACCAUGGAACCAUGAGACCAGAUGAAGUUACACUUGUUGGAGUCCUUACAGCUUGUAGUCAUGGAGGAUUUGUUGAUGAAGGUCUAAGACACUUCCACUUCACAGCCAAGAAAUAUGGGGUGGCCCUGGUCCUGGAGCAUUAUGCAUGCAUAGUUGAUCUUCUGAGUCGUUGUGGUCUGCUCAAGGAAGCUGAGGAAGUUAUCAAGAGUAUGCCAAUUGAACCUGAUAUUGUUGUUUGGAGGGCUUUGUUGGGUGGUUGCAGAUUGCACAAGAAUGUGGAAUUUGGAGAGAGAGUUAUAGCAGAAAUGAACGCCAGUAGUAGUGGAGAUUAUGUCCUUCUUUCUAACAUCUAUGGCUCUACUGGUAGAUGGGAAGAUGUGGAGGAUGUGAGGAGAAAAAUGAAGGCGAAGGGGAUUAAGAAGGAACCAGGUUUUAGUCUAAUUGAGAUCAACAAUACUUUACAUGAGUUCAUUUCAGGUGACAAGUCUCACCCUAGAUACACAGACAUAUAUGCAAAAUUAGAGGAGCUGACACUAAAUAUGUCUGCAGAGGGAUACAUAGCAGAGACAGGACUGGUGUUGUAUGACAUACAUGAAGAAGAGAAAGAGCAGGCCCUUGGCCUUCACAGUGAGAAGUUGGCAAUAGCUUUAGGGCUUAUAAGUACAUCCCCUGGUGUCACUCUUAGGAUUGUGAAGAAUCUUAGGGUGUGUGGUGAUUGCCAUUCAGCAACAAAAUUCAUAUCUAAGAUUUGCAAUCGAGAAAUCAUAGUUCGGGAUAGAAUUAGAUUCCACCAUUUCAAAGAUGGUUUGUGUUCAUGUAAAGAUUACUGGUAAUAAAACAAAAACUAAGUGAUUCAUUUGUCAAAAUUUUGACCUUGCCCUUGAAUUUUCUUGAUCUCAUUUUUGUAGUUGCAUGGAAACAGUGACUGAAGGUUGUCAAACUUUAUUGACAGCACAAGCAGGAGAAAGUAUUUGAGACCCAAAAAAAGUUACAAGGGGACAGAAAGUGGAACGGAAGUCACUUUUCCAA